UCAUGGGUUCUGUUGAUCAGACAUAAUUUACAUUCAUUAAGAGACGCCACUUCUCAAAAAAGCGUAAAUAAGAAUCUAAACCACGAAAUUACACAUAUAUUACAUCUGAUGCCAAAAAAUUGUUUCUCUAGCUCUUUCUAUUUCAAAGCUACAAAAUCCAUGAUGUAAACAAUACCAAAUAAAUUUUUAUUUAGGCUGCUAACAAGGCUGGAAUCAAGUAUUCUUCUGCCAAAACUAUAUUAUUUGCACACCGUAAAUAAUACAAAUAAGAAUUGAUUAGAGAUAAAUUGGCUGCAGUAAAAUAUUCUUCGAAAUAUAGAAUUCUAUACAAACUAAGUGUUGUGGAUAUAAACUUAAAUAAUCUAAUUAAUCAGAUCCAAUAUAACUAAUAACCAGAGUUGGCAUGUGAC